CGUCACAUGCAUUUUAUUUGUGAAAUCUAAAUCGGAAUACACGUGGGAAGCGGGCAGGUGGAUCGCAGAGGGCUUUUCGUGAGUUGUCGCCAAAGGAACUGAAUGCAAUAUAGUUGCUAAUUUGUAUAUGCCAACUACACAUAUUGCCCUCAAACGAUACACUGUAGAGUGCUCUGAUGUAGAAAGCCCUCUUCAGAAUAUGCCUUGUCUCCAUGGUAACGGACAUCAGGCAGACCCAGGAAAACAUCCACAUAACCAACCUGAUCCUGGACUGUACUGAAGAGGAUUGUACCACACAUUCACACAAUGAAGCAUUCUUAAAAAUAUGACCACUGUUCUGCUGUUACUCCAUGAAGUUAUUUGACCAAUUCCAGGAAGAUCACAGGAGUCAAAGGGCCUAAAAUAUUGCUCGAAAAAACUUUAACUUUAGGAUCACAAUGCAAAGGACUUUGUAUUCUCUCUAAAUGGUUCCCUAAAACCAGGAGGAAAACUUCAUUCAAAAGGUUAGCUUUUCCUUGAUCCUUAUAUCAGGGAUAUAUUCAUUCACAAUCAAGGCUUCUUAAACUGGGCAGCACCAAUCCCAUACUCGUCUGAAACCAGCACCAGGAUGCACCAGCUGUUCAGCCAGGUGCUGGACCAGAGGGAUCUGUCCAGGGCAGGGGACCUGUUUUCUCUGGAGGACACAGCGAUCGAAGCAUGUCUGUCUCAGGCUCUGGACCAGAUCAAGGCUAUCUCCUGCUCACAGGACUAUUUGACCAAUGACAACGACCAGGCGGUGGUGGAGAUUUGCAUAACGCGCGUCACCACGGCCAUCAGGGAGACGGGCUCCAUCGAGCGCCACAGCACGGCGCUGGUGGGGCUGUGGGAGUCGUGUCUCGAACACAACCUCACCCCGCAAGGUGAAAACACAGAGGACACACCGCACACCAAGAUCGCCUCGGACAUCACCAGCUGUAUCCUGCAGAACUACAGCUGUCCCUCGGUCAUGGUGCUGGCCGUCCCGGUGGCGGUGCGGUUCCUGCAGAGCGGGAACCGGGAGCUGAGCAGGAACAUGUCCAGUUAUCUCUCCCUGGCUGCGAUCGCCAAGGCUGAUCUGCUGGCGGAGCACACGGAGGCCAUCGCGCUCAAUGUGCUGGGAGGUAACCACAUGCUAUUACGAGUGUUGCCCUCGGUCUACCCCAGACAACCAGAUACCAUCCACUGUCACCUAGGCAACCUCACUGCGAUGAUGUCACAGCUGGAGUCCCCAGAGCAACAACACCUAAUCCGACUCAUUCAAAUUGUUGCGGAGCAACAUCCACUGAUGUUGAGCCCUCAGGUGCCCACGCUCGUCGGUUACCUAGGAGACCAAUCCCUGACUGAGGCCCUGCUGGGCGCGCUCGUGGACGUGUCACAGGCCAGCCCUUCUUCACUGGUCAGCUUUCUGCCGACGCUGAGGAUUGUGGGACAACAAAGCCCUGCUCUCUUGGGGCACGUGGCCAAAAUCCACGGUGCCGUGGGCAUCAUCAGUGAGACUCAUGCCCGCAGCGUGUUGGUCUACCUGGUGUCCUGCCUGGGCAGCAUGGACCACAGCUUUCACCACACGCUGCUGCUGCAGAUCAGAGCGCUCACCGACCGCUACCCGUCUGUACUGGGAGGCUGCGGCAAAGACAUCUACAGGAUGAGCAACUCGUUCACGGCGAUAGCCCGACUGCUGGGGAGACGGCUGGAGGAGAGCACGGCCACGCUCGGCAGGGCGGAUGAGGCGUGCCCGCCGUCUCCUCGUGCAUAUCUUCCCGGGGGAGGUCGGGGGUCAGAGCAGCGGCUGCAGGUAAAGAUCCAGGCCUUUGAGAAGAAGAUGGGGGAGGAGAGGGGAGAGGAGGGGGAGGUGGAGGAGGACUCUCCCGCCCCCCAACGCCGCUACAGCCUGAGCCAAGCCGGCAGGGAGGAGAGACGGGAAAUGCGCUUCAACAGGUCCAAGAGCCUGGCCCUCCACGCCGCGCGAUCGCGCUCCAUCAACUCGGACACUGGGGAGGACUCUGAGGGCUCGGAGCCCAGCCCGGACAACACCUUCUCCAACACACUCGUGAUCUCGCAGAACCAGGAAGCGACGCCGCCUGUCGAGAGGAAACCGAAGGGCGACGCCUCGAUGGCCGUCCCAGCUGCCCUGGACAGAGCGGCCAAAGAGGCCGAGGGAGGUGAAAGCAGAGGGGAGGAGGAGCGCGAGGACGCGGACAGACUCUUCGUCCAUUUCAGAGACAAUAUCGAGGCCAUCAAGGAGUUCUGUCGAGACACGGUGCAGCAGAUCCCCAUCCCAGAGCAGUGUGCGAUAGAAGAUUCAGAUCGAGGAUGUGUGGCCAAGCUGUCGUUCUCCUGUCCUCUGAAGGGCCACUACUGCCUGUACGCCAAGUCCUGCUUCAACCUGACCAGCCGACAGCCGCACCUCUGGAUGCACAUCAUGCUGCUCCACCUACAGAGUAAGUCCAGAGUCGCUCUGUGCUCCAAGGAUGAGUGUGUCCAGAGGCUUGCCACCCUUUGGGAGAAGACGCAGCUAAAAGGAGCUCACAGCUUCCCCAUGGCUAUGACACAGAACACCACGCCACACAGGAAGGACCUGGACCGUCUCCAGACUCAGCUGGAGGAGGUGCGUUUCUUUGACCUGUUUGGCUACAGUGAGGAAGAGGAAGGGUGGCUUUGCUUCAUGUGUAACAAUCCUGAGAAGGCCACAGUUGUGAACCAGGAGGGACAGCCUCUGAUCGAGGGGAAGCUAAAGGAGAAGCAGGUCCGCUGGAAGUUCAUCAAGCGCUGGAAAACCCGUUACUUCACCCUGGCAGGAAACCAGCUCCUCUUCCGGAGAGGAAAAUCAAAAGAUGAGCUGGAUGACAUCCCCAUUGAGCUGAGCAAAGUGCAAAGUGUCAAGGUGGUAGCCAAGAAGCGCGUGAUCGGGGGCUGCCACGGGCCUUUGAGAUCUUCACGGACAGUAAGACCUACGUGCUGAAAGCUGAGGAUGAGAAGCACGCUGAGGAGUGGCUGCAAUGCAUCAACGUGGCCGUGGCCCAGGCCAGAGAGAGGGAGAACAGGGAGGCGACCACCUACCUGUGAGAGCUUCACGAAGGAGGACACAGACAGGACUUUACUGUUGAUAAUACACACACAGAUAUACCUACACUGAGUCAUAUUUUGUUUUGCUGCAGGCAAACAUUUUCACUGCCACGACUCUAACUUUGUGUCUGGAUAGGUGGCCAAAACAACUUUUUAUUCAGAAAUAAAAUGUUAUAUUAGCCAGCCAUGAUGUGAAUCCAAUUAGAAUGAAGGCUGUCACUGUCCCUCGCUGUUACUAAUGCACUCACUGAUGUAUUUUCAGCUGUGGACCAUCUUAAAUUGAUGUUCCGGUAUAUAAAUGUACAUUAAUGUUACAGUGUUAAAGUUUGAAGUUGCACCGGA